UCCAAAGAGAUUUUUUGAGCACGUCAAUAGUUCAUACCACUUCGCAUAAACAAUGCGUUUCACCUUCCUGACCGUUAUUGUUGUGCUGACAACAUCUAUAACGUUUGUCGUCGAUGCCACGUGCCAGGCAGAGGGACAGCCUUGCAACACGCCUGCUGAAUGCUGCUUGACACAGGACCUCCACUCGAUGAGCUGCCCUUUGGGCCUCGUUACAUCAGUGGGAUGGUACUCGUGUAUGCAUAGUGUAGGGGGAAGAAAGGAAUUGGCCUUGUGGCAAUUGGCAGAAUGGCAGACUCUGCCAUAUUACUUCAUGAAGUCGGCAAAAUGUAGUGAUAUUUUGAGGCUCCUACUAGUAAAUCUUCUGAUGUUGAAAGUGCGUCGAUAUCCCACCUUGAUGCACUCUCUUGGAUGAAUGAAGGCGAUCAUCUUGCCGCAAACUUCGAAGUGACUCAAAGUAUUUGUGCAAUGUGCGAGAACUCGGACCGGACUUGUCACGGUUUGCGAUCCAGUCACGUGUGGUUGCUAGCUGGACAGCCACAGUUGGAGCUCGAUCUUACUAUUAGACG